GUGGCUACAACUUUUAGUAUCUAUCAACCGCAGCUUAGGGUUGUCCACAUCAUGGAGGACAAAAAUCAAAGCGUCGAGACGACAACGACGCCAACUUACUGUGACCAUGAACACUACUACUCAACAGAAGAUUACUGUACCAAUGAUUUUCAAAACGCAAACGACCACGACGACGAAGACGACGACUGUCUGGCACCAAUGUAUCCGUACGGCGAAACGCGUCGAUGUCUUCAGCCGUCGCCAUCUCCGGACGACGUCACGCAGCGGCGGAUCACCUUGUGGCGACAUCGCAUCGCCGCUAUGCCGGCACCAUUAGCGCAGUUUGACAAGGAGACCAAUAUUAUGGGCAUUGUGCACACAUCCGUUUAG